AUGGGGUUUUCUUGGGAUAGUUCAGUGGUGGUUUCCCUUUGCCUUCCACUGUCCUCCAACUCCUAUCUGCUCACCGACUCAGUUUCUCGCUGGGGUAAAGGGGAGAGCAUAUGGAAUAACCUGCUGCACAGGAACCCCAACUACUCGGUUGACUGCAGUAACGGCGAUGUGGCAGCCGACUCGUAUGACAAGUACAGGAGAGACGUCGCCAUGCUCAAGGAAUUGGGGGUGGACGUCUACAGAUUUUCAGUGUCCUGGCCUCGCAUACUGCCCACUGGCGACCCGACUGAGAUCAACCACAAGGGCGUCGCCCACUACGAUGCACUCAUCAACCUGCUGCUGGAGAAUGGUAUCACACCCAUGGUGAUGAUGUACCACUGGGACCUUCCGCAACGCCUGCAGGACUUAGGUGGAUGGGCCAACCCGAUAGUGGCUUCCUACUUCGAGGAGUACGCCAGUGUGCUCUUCACCAAGUUCGGCGACAGGGUCAAGUGGUGGGUGACGAUCAAGGAGCCGGAGCACAUCGCGGCGGGCUACGAGCCUGCUCUUUCCGUAUACGUACCCAGCGUGGCGCCGGGGCUGUCCGGCCACCCGGGCGUGGGCUCCUACCUGACGGCCCACACGAUGCUGCUGGCGCACGGCCGCGCCUACCGCCUCUACAACACCACCUUCCGGCACUGCCAGCACGGUCGUCUGGGACUGGCACUGAGUGCUGUACACAUACAGCCUGCGUCGGAUGCUCCAGAGGAUGUUGCGGCUGCGCGCCGUCUCUUCCAGUUUCAGGUGGGCUGGUUCGCGCAGCCCGUUUAUAGCACGGAAGGCGACUACCCACCCGUGAUGCACGAGCGCAUGGACUGCCGUAGUCGGAUGGAGGGUCGCUGGUGGUCGCGUCUGCCCAGCUUCAACGAACACGAGUGCCGGAUGCUCACAGGCUCUGCAGAGUUCAUAGGUAUAAAUGAAUACACAUCAGCACUGGGGAGGUCCAAUGAAUCUGCAGGGGAUGCUGGAGCCAGCAUGGACCUCAACCCACAGUGGCCAACUGCUGCAGCCAUAUGGCUUCAGGUUUGA